UUAAUUUUCUUUACGCAAAAUGCUGAUAUUGCACCUGCUGCUCUGGCCAACAAUAAUAGCAAGUGGCCCUUCGCCACCUUCCGCCGCCCAAAAAGCCGAGGUGACCAAGUUACGUGGCGAAUUAGAAAAAGCUCUUGAGGAAAAUGAAGGAGCACCUGAAGGUGUGGUGGUGGCACCUGGAUGGACCCAGCAAACUGAUCAUCCGCCCGCUGGAAAGUCCACCAAAGUGAUAAUUAAUCACUCCUCGCUAAGCAGCGCCGCUGCCAUUCGGCAGGAGAUUCAGAGUGCCGUGGCUCGUCAAGGACAAAACGAGAAAGUUCUGCAGUUGGAGGCCCAGCUGAAGGCCAGAGGCAGCACCAAGGAUAGCCCAGCGCAGGUGGUGAAUACUAAUCCCCAUCGGGAUUUUUUAGGGGCAGUAAGUCACGAAGGCAAUCGCCAACUAGAAGCCAAUGUGGUGGAGUCGCACUCGUCAUCACAGGAUAUCGAUCUAGAACAACUACAGCGGCUGGAACUGUCCAAGAGGCGCACUCGGGACAUGCUUAUCCUAGGUCGCAUCGAGGAGCUCCUAAACUUCAGCUUGCCUGCUAAUGUGGAUCGCUGGCUGACCAUGCAGGCCAAUGGAAGCGUUUACUUAGUUGGCCAACAGCCUAAGGGCUUCGUGGUGCUAACAGACAACUUAGUGCUCUUAGAAACCUACGUUCAUCCUUUUCCCGUCACCGCUCUGAUCGGAUUAGAUCGGUGGAACAGCAAGAUGCAUGUACAGGAGGGCUUGCUGGUUGUGGCUUCCCAAGACCAGCUCAUUUGGCUAAAUUUGAAACCCAAACUUACGGCCUUCUGGCACUGGCCCCUCAGCUCGAGUUUAACCAAAUUAAGCGCCUUCAGCUUGGAGGGACGGGAUUUCCUUGCCGUUGUCGAUAACCGCACACUAAGCAUCUACGCUUACGUUCUAGAAACAGAAGAGUUCUGGAUUGCACAGCGUGUGCGGUUGCCAGAGAUAAUCUCCGAGUUGGCCAUCCUUGAUACCGGUAGAGAGCUAUUCUUGGCAGUGGGUCAGUGGGAUGAAGUCCUAAUAUACUCCUGGAAUUCUAGGGGAGACCCGCUGCACUUGCGCCAGAAAGUAGGGGCACCCGAAGUGAUUGGCAUCACAGCCUUCCAGAUGGGCGGACGCAGUUAUUUAACACUAGGUGGGAUAUUGCCUCAAAUCUUGGUGUAUAUGCAGGGACAAUUUGUGCCGCGCACCAUUCUCGGACAAAAUUUUGGCUUUGUAGAGCUCUUCCUACCCAUUCCCAUUCGCAGUUACCGAGAUAACCUGCUACUACUCGUUCAACAUCGAGUUGUCUUUAAUCCACACUCGCUAAUCGUCUUAGAAGUUUUAAUAUGGAACGGAGAGUCCUUCGAACCCGGUUUGCCGCCACCUUGUGGUACCACCUACGGGGUAGGCUGCAUGCUAGAUCAGGAUCGUGCGACUGGUAUUUCAGGAGCUGCCCUGCUCCGCAGAAUUGAUAAGCCACCUAUAUUGCUGGUGCCGAAGAAUAACGCACCAUCGGGAAUAUUUCAACUAGAAACCCAAUUGCUGGCGAGGAAUUCCGAGGCACAAGACGUGCUGGAGAUCAAACAGUUCAUGCAGAAUUGGGUGCACGAGCAGGAGGAGCUCAUCAAACUAGGUGAGGAGCUCGUGAUGGAGGAGGAACAUGAUUUCUAUUACCAUGAAGAGGUAUUUACUCCUUUGGUUGUCAGCCAAGGUGGGACCGUAGAGGAACUCUUUGUGAACGAAGACCGCUGGACGGGAGCGGAUGCUUCUCUGGAUAUGCACAAGAUGCUCCAUCAUAUUGUCCAAUUACACGAGAAACUUAUUUCCAAGCGAUCGAAACGCCAGCCAGAGGAGCUUUUUAACUUUCUUUACGUGGAGCUGGAGGUGGAAGCCAUUGUUUGUGAGGAUCUCAUAUUGGAGCGGCUAAACCAUGCGCCUUUCUAUAUUCAAAAUGCGUCCCUGGAAUCGCCAUUGGUAACCCUUAAUGUUAAAUAUUUGGAACAACUGAAACCUACAAAGUCGGAGGUCGUUUCAAUCGAGGGCUCAAAAUGCCAGGGUGCUCUGCAGCGUGCUGGGGACUUGGACUCCAACUUUAUUAAUGGAAUUGAGUGGGAUAAGAUGUAUGAAGCACUAGUAUGGCGUCAUCAGCCUUUAAAACUUUCACAAUUGAUUAUAAAUGGCCCUGUUAUCUUCGAGGAUAUCCUGCAUGUGAGUUUAUUAAACGAUCUAAGUUUUCCAGGCGAUUUUCUUUGGUCGCAGGGCAAUGAAACGAGUGUUGUCAAGGCGCCCAAGGAAUUUACUCAAACGCUCUCUGCCAAUGCCGUGGACACUUCAGGUUCCAUUAACGGGGUUAACCCGCAGAAUGUCAUCACCCUCAAUGAUUCUCAAGACUGUCCGGGGUGGGUGACUUUCUCGCAUCUAGAGGUUUCUGAGGAAUUGGAGCAUCUAAAUCAAAACGCACAGGGGCGCCAUUUUGAAGAGGCGCCUUUGAAUCCAACUCUUAUGGAGGCCCAUGCAAUUAAUGCCGCCUGUCAUUUCGACCAGCUUUUUGUGCGCGGAUCCUUACGACUGUUUGAAAAGUUGGACAACGAAAGCUUUGAAUCACUGCUAGGAGAUCUCGUCCAGCGUACGUCAGACUCCGGCCAGGAAUUGCAGAUAAGCGGGACCAAGCGGGUUAAUCAGCUACUUCUGCCAGUAGAUGCCUAUGUCAGAGAUAAUCAACUGAGUCGGAUUCCCUUAAAUGACUUUGUGACUAAGCACGCAGCGCAAUCGUUUUGGAAUACGACUCAGCUGGGUGGAUAUGUGUACUUUCACCGCUUGGACAUUGCAAAAAGCUCUUCUUACGAUGGAGUUCACAUAGAUGAACUUCUGUCGGAAAAUCUGCGAUUGGAUGUGUCAUCUCCCUUAAUUUCCCCCCUAACACAGCUUCGAUUUGUUGCAAACUCUCCUAGUUACACCCACCUGCAUGUGGAUUCCAGUUUGAACGAAGUGGUGCUGUUAAGUGGAUACCAGCUGCUUCAUGGUGCGCUUUAUCUAAGCAGAGCCAAUUUCAGCCGCCUGAAAGCCGGGCGAGCUCAGCUGAAUCAUAAUGUAGUUGGAAAGGGAAUCCUUAACGGGAAAGAUUUGGGCAACCUACUAAAAGCUCAUCCUUAUACUUGGUCGGGUGAAGUGCACGUUCAGGAGCUUUUUCUCCCUCAGGGAGUGCAAACAAAUCAACUGCAGGGUAUAAAAGACACAUUUUUACUGGAUUUCUUGCAACAGUUGGACGAACUUCCGCUUCUGAUUCUCCAGGGUCGCCUACAAGUUGAGCGCAUUGCUGUCAGCGGAUCCGUCCAAGUGACGAAAUCCUUGAACAAGCAAGACUUUCACGAACUUCAGAGGCAGGUGGUAUGGUUGGAUAGACCUAGCGAACUAAGAACUCGUUGGAAUCUAAGGCACCCUCCCCAGUUCCAGAAAAACCUCCAAGUUCUGGGCAGCUUUAACGAACGCCUUCUCCCUGAGUUAUUAGAUGACAUCGUUUUGCGCUCCGACGGGAAAGAGAUUCCUAUUGAGGGAACCAAGAGCUUUUUAUCUCCCGUUUAUGUAGGAGAACUUCAAUUAGUUGCUCUUAAUGGGGUUCCCUUUGAGCGCAUUGUUAGCAAAGUGAAUCCGUUUAACCUAACUGGAAAUGUCCGUAUUGACGGACGUCUCUUUGCAAAGGAUCUUCAGUUAAAUGGUCACGUUAACGGGAACACGGAAUUUAUUACUCAACUUGAGGAACUUCUCCGCUGGGAUCCAACCACUAAACGCCUCAUGCAUCGGGGGAUCGUUGACCUCUCAGGAAAGGUGCUGAGAAAUCUCGUAGUGGAAGGGCAUUUGGAGAACUACAACUUUGAACCCCUCCAGGAACUUUUCGACCAGGUGAUCUUUAAGAAGCAGUUAGGGAUUCAUUUGCAAGGCCACAAAACUUUUCAAGGACGUGUUCGCAUUGAAAAUGGGGCAUUCAUCGACAACCUCAAUGGCCUUGAUUUGGAGCAGCUGUUAAAAAUGAUAAUCUUUAACAACUUGCAAGAAGAGGUUACAAUAAAAACUCCUGUUCGCUUUGCAGCUGCAUUUAAAAUGAAUAAUCUCCAGGCCGAUCGCCUAGUGCUCUCGGGGGAGCUGCUUAAUGGAUGCAAUGUAAGUCAGUGGCUACGAGACACGAUUCGUGUGGAUCGCGACAUACGUGAACCAAAUGUUGCCUUUGCAAAGGGUUCGCUCGACGGAAAUGUCUUUGAAGUGGAGGAGCUUAACCAUUUGCAUUUGUCGCGAGUUGUCACCCGGAACACGGAGCAAUACCUUGAUGGUUUCCUGAAAGCAGACGAUUUAUACCUAGAUGGGCAACUGAUGGCCCGGGCCAACGUCAAUUCACAGAAUCUAUCCGAGGAGUAUUCCAAUACUUUAAUGAAUCACGCUAUUAAAGAGCAGCGCGUGAAGACGCCUUUAUUCGUGUCCAAAAUUAUUGUCAGCGGUUUCCUGCAGGUUACAUCUCCCGUUAAUGGUCUUAAUCUGAGCGAUAUUGCCAUGUUGGGUGAAGAUCCAGUGCACCUGCAGUCACCGUUAUAUUUUGCCACACUCCAAGCUCCUUAUUUAAAGGCGGAUCAAAACCUGAACGGAUUUGAUUUUAAGGAUUGGUACGAAAGGAGUUUAUGGGCGCGGGGUAGGGAGCAGCAAGAGAUCAGCGGCAGCUGGCGGGUUAAAAAACUGACGGUGAAGCAGCCAGAUGAGCUGCGACCACGCCGACAAACUGCUAGAGAAAACUACCAAGAUAUGUGCGACGACUUGUCCAGGACUCGAUUCCCUUAUAAAAUUGUAAAAUUGCGGAAGAGCUUCUCUUUAAAGCAAGAGAAAGAUCAGGAGAAUAUUCGGCGCAUAUUUGUUUUGGAGGCAACGGAACAAACUAGUUACCUUUUGAUUAAUGAAAACGGUUGCUGGACUCGCGUCCAUCGCUGGAAUGGAACUUCGUUCGAUCGAUCCGAAGGCUUGCGUAGCGGACCUGUUGAUGAGGUGACUGCAUUAAGAGUGGGAAACAAGAGCUCAAGCCAAAAGUUCGUCUUUAUGACCAGCUACAAAUUGACGGAUUAUAAGAACGGGGACAGCUGGAAUUGUAGCGGAAUUAAACCGAUUUUCAUAACCUCGCAAUUGAAAAAAGCAAAUAAUACUGAACAGAUAAAUACAGAAAAUGACCGAAAAUUCGACGAGCAGUUUAAGAAUCAGCAACUGUCGAAUGCCAGUUACGAGCAGGCCAUUAAGUAUCUCAAGGAUACCAUUGUCGGAUCUCAGCUGGGUUCAAAGUGGCAAGAGCAAAAGCAAGAGCUGAAUCGUUUGGACCUGGCCAGAAUGCGAAGACGUCUGUUAGACACAUUGCAGUUUCGGUUGCAAGCGGAGGUAAACAUCACCCAGUUGAGUAUUCCAGAAAGCGAUCUUUUCGACGAGCACUUGGUAGAAGAUUUUCUUGAGCUUUUGCAGCAGUUGCGCAGUUUAGGUCGUCGUCUAAAUACAGAAGCUCUUCCACUGCCGGACACUCCGGCUAGAGUUCUCGCCACACGGAGCGCCCAGCUCAUCUGGGCCACACUGCAAGAUCUGCGAAAAAUUUCGAGUGGAAACGACACUGGGUUCCAGGAGCUAGCUCUUGAGGAAACGAUAACGGAUGUGCUAGCUAUGGCCAACGAUAAUAAUAGACCUGGGGAUGAUGCAAAGCUGCAUGCUGUUAUUCAGAGAUUAAGGAACCUAAAGGAGGUACUUCAUCAGCAAGAAAACGCCCAAGAAGAACGUGCAGAAUCCUCUUCAGACAAGGGUAAGCAAUUGGUGCCAAUUUCAAAAUUCGACUGGGAAGCCGGCCAAACAAUACAGCUGAUUGUGGGGCCUACAAACCGUACCUGGUUUCUUCUCGCACGCCUGACCGUGCUCACAGCAACAGAUGACCCUAUUCCGCCCUCCACUGCCCCACUCGCCCACAUCCAGGUGUAUCAUGUGAACGGAUCAAUCUUUCAAUCGCUGGCUGCAGAGCGUGGAGCACAACAUUUAACCGCUUUGCGGAUACGAGAUGAGACGCUGCUGGCGUUCAUGGACGGAUGCUGCAGGUUACGGGUACUUAUCUACCGUGGAGUACGGGGGUUUGUGAACUUCGCCCAUUUUCGCUCUUCCCGAGCAGCCGAUGGAAAUGAAGAGGUACUGCAAUUGCUAUUCUUACGUUUGCCUCUGAAUCGGCCACCCGGAGCCAUGUACUCCUUGGCUGUGGUUCAUUCCCGACACAUUACUUUCUACAAAUUUGUAAUAACCGGUUUAUUAGAACCGUGGCUGAAAUGCCCAGACUUCUUGAAAUAGAAUCUAAGAAGAAACUCUAUUCUUCUCAUCUAGAUCAAACAAUUUUGUUCCUAAUCGUUAGUGGAAGUUCUUUAGUCCGAUCUGUGUUAUCUGUUAAGCUGUUAA